AUGAAUUCCCCUAUAGCAAAGUCUCCGCAUUCAAACAACUGCGUUCCAACGUCGCUGUUAAUCCUUCUUGAUGAACUUAUUGCAGAAAUCCUUUCUCGACUUCCUGUCAAAACUCUGAUGCAAAUGAAAUGCGUUUGCAAAUCAUUGAAAACCCUAAUUUCUCAUCCUUCCUUCGUCAAAUUGCACCUUCAUCGAUCACCACGAAACACCACCAUUUUACUAUUACCUGACUGGGCCAGUCCUGCCGGCAUUGAUUUGAGUGUUGUUCCCAUUCCUAUAAGUUACUUGCUCGAAAGUCCGUUACUCAUGGAUCACUACGUACCUCACUACUUACGAUUGAGGGAAUUCGCCAUUCACAAUGAUCCUUAUUACCUUUUGAGUAAUAUGGAUUGUUAUCAAAUAGUUGGUUCCUGCAAUGGAUUGAUUUGUUUGCGUGGAACCGCUAAGCAUGAUAACUAUUGGUUCCGUUUAUGGAACCCAGCCACAAAUUCAUUAUCUGAAAAUUUAGGGUUUUCCGAGAACCGUUUAAGGUUAACAUUCGGCUAUGAUGUUUUAAACGACACUUAUAAGGUGGUAGGAUUCUCUGCUAUCACCGUGAAAGUUUUCAGUCUAGGUGAUAAUGUAUGGAAGGAUAUUCCAAGUUUUCCUAUUGUCCCGUUUAACCUUCGUAUCUAUUCCCGCCUGAUGAUGGAUAACGGUGUGUAUGUGAGUGGAACAAUUAACUGGUUGGCUAUUCGAGAUAUGACCAAUUAUAAAUGGAAUGAUAUUACCAUUGAACAAUUUGUGAUAGUCUCGCUUGAUUUGGCUACAGAGACAUACCAACAGUUGUUGCCACCUAGCGGUUUUGUUGAAGCACCACCCGUUGAACCGUCUGUUAGUGUGUUGAUGGAUUGUCUAUGUUUUUCUCACCGUUUCAGGGGAACCCAUUUUGUUAUAUGGAAGAUGAUGGAAUUUGGAGUUCAAGAGUCUUGGACUCAAUUCCUCAAAAUUAGUUUUCAAAAUCUUCAUAUUGAUUAUGGCAUUAGUGAUAGCCUUGCAUAUUAUGCUCAAUUGUUCUUGUUACCAUUAUGUGUUUCUGAGACGUAG